UCAACCUGUCUCUGUCUAUCUAAUCUGUCAAUGUCACUUUUAUAAUAGAGGUUCCCUUGAUUAAAAUAAAUUGGUCAGUCUGUUUGCUUUUUCGAUUUAAAAUGAGUGAGGAUAUCCAACGAAAAUUGCAAAAUGAAUUAGAAAAUUACAAAAAAACUCAGAAAGAACUCCAAAGAACCAUCCAAACCAGACAGCAAUUGGAUGGUCAAUUAAACGAGAAUGAGAUUGUUAAACAAGAAUUAGACCUACUUCCAAGUGAUGGUAAAGUUUAUAAAUCCGUAGGACCUGUACUGAUUAAAACAGAGUUAAUAGAAGCCAAACAAAAUGUCAGUAAAAGGAUGGAUUAUAUUAGCAAAGAACUGAAGCGAGUUGAUGAUCUUAUUAAUACUUUAGAUAAAAAACAAGAUGUUCAUAGGGAAGCUCUUCAAAAAUUGCAACACCAGUUUCAACAAGCUCAAGUGAAAGCUGCUCUUCAUGCUUAAUUUUAAUACUGGACUUACUUUAAUGCUUGAAUAUUUAUUUUAAAAACCAAUUUAUGUUAACUUUUGUAUUGAAGUACAUUUUCUGUUAUAUAAAGGUUCUGAAUCUGCAGGUGAUAUCUAAACAACUUUGAACAGUCCUUAUUGUUACAAAUCUGCAGAUAUAAAUACGAAAAGUAUUAAAAUAAGGUAAAUUACCAUUUUAUUAUUAAUUAAAUAACUGCCUUGCCAUAAAGCAUGUGUAAAAUAAUUUGUGUUAAUGUAAUUCUUUCAUAGGUUAUUCAAGUAUCUUAUCAAAUGAAAAUAUAUUUUGCACAUUUAUAGUUUCAAAAUACGUAAAGUGAUGUAUCCCCUGAUUCGGUUCCUUUGACAAUAUGAUUUUUUAAUAAAAUAAAAAAUAAUGAGCUCUUA